AUGUCCGUGUACAAUCAUCGGCCAAUGGUCCCAGCGCCUCAAAGUCGCAUUGUGGAGAUGCUUGAUGCUAUUCGGGGCGAGUUUGAUCAGCUUGCGAGAGAGGUGUAUAUGAACAAGUCAGAAAGGGACAACAUCGAACACAAAAUGGCUACGCAAUUGCAGGAGAUGCAUAACUUUCAGCAAAACCUAUUGGAUUUUGAGCGACAGCAGCAAGCAAUGAAGAAGCAAUAUGAAGAUGAGAUUGCUCGUCUCCGCCAACAAUUGGAGAUUGCUCAAAUGCGUUCAGGCCACAGCGGAAUGCCACCCAACACCAAUGCCGCUGCUGCUGCAGGUAGCGGACAUCCACAGCCACCAUCGUCACAAGCACCACCACCGCCACAGCAACAACAGCAACAGCAGCAGCAACAGCAACAACAUCAACAGCAACAACAACAACAACCUCCUAGCAUUGGUCCUGGAUCUAAUUAUUUUGGUGGUAUCAUGAAUGCGAAUGGCAACGGCACUAGUCAAGGACCUCCUUUAGUGGCACCUACACAAAUGGUCGAUCAUCCUCAUCCUUCGUCACAUGGUGGAUAUCCCCCUUCAUCCCAAGCACCAGCCACUGUUCCUCAUGGAUCUGCACCAGGUUAUAUGAAUGGAUCAGGAAAUCAACAAGGAUAUGGUGGAUAUCCUCCUCGUGGUCCUGCUCCUGGUACACCAUCAUCAACACAUGCUACUACACCCAUGUCUGUGGAUUCUGGUUCUGCUGUGACACCAAAGCGUAAAUCACUUCCAUCUGGACCACCACCACCACCAUCAGGUUCAGCACCACCACCACAAGCACCACCUCCUUCUCAAGCACCACCUCCAUCCGGUGCCAUGGUGCCACCUCCACGUCCUAAAUCUCAAAUGGGCAUGUCAGGUUCUGGUACCCUCGCUGAUGUCGACCCUGAAACGGUACCCGCCAACAUGAAGGUAGAAGGUCGUGAUUGGUUUGCAUUAUUUAAUCCAAAGACACCACGAUUCCUCAAGGUUGAUUUGGUACAUAAUUUGGAUCAUUCAAGUGUGGUAUGCUGUGUCAAAUUCAGUGCCGAUGGUCGAUGGAUGGCGGCAGGUUGUAAUCGCGCAACUUACAUUUAUGAUGUUGCCACUGGUGACUGCACAAGUGUAUUGAAUGACGAGAAUGCCCAAAAAGAAGGCGAUUUAUAUAUUCGUUCGGUGUGCUUUAGCCCUGAUGGCAAAUACCUUGCAACCGGUGCCGAAGAUAAAAAGAUUCGCAUUUGGGACAUUGCUCGAAAUCGUAUCCGCAACACAUUUAGUGGACAUGACCAAGACAUUUAUUCUCUUGAUUUCAGCCGUGAUGGACGUGUUAUUGUAUCUGGUUCAGGCGAUCGUACUGUGCGGAUAUGGGAUAUGCAUGAACAAAAGCUGAUGCACGUGAUUCCUAUUCAAGAUGCAGACCAAAAGGAUCCUGGUGUUACUAGCGUGGCCAUUUCUCCUGAUAGCCGUUUGGUGGCAGCUGGUAGUCUUGACAAGAUGGUGCGUGUGUGGGAUAUUCAAACAGCACAACCAUUGGAGCGUCUUGAAGGACACAAGGAUAGCGUGUAUUCAGUUGCAUUCAUGCCCAAUGGAAGGACUUUGGUGAGCGGUAGUUUGGACAAGACAAUCAAGGUGUGGCAACUAGGCACUGGCACUGAUAGUCGAGGCUAUAACAUGGAUCGAGAUCGCAAAGGUCCUUGUCAAAUGACGCUUACCGGCCAUAAGGAUUUCGUCUUGUCAGUUGCGUGUACUCCUGAUGGCAAUUGGAUUGUAUCUGGUUCCAAAGAUCGUGGUGUUCAAUUCUGGGAUUAUCAUACUGGACAAACCCAAUUCAUGCUUCAAGGACACAAAAACUCGGUGAUUUCGGUUGCCAUCAGUCCUUCGGGUCGACCGUUAUUUGCUACUGGUUCUGGUGAUAAUCGAGCGAGAAUUUGGUCUUAUGAACCAUACUCGUAA